AGUGCAUGACCAGCCUUAGUCGCGAGCAGUCACGUUCGAAAAAACCCAACAACUUCCUUCGUGCGAUAUGAGAAGUGCUGUCAUACUAUAACCCAACUCACAUGUGUCUUGACAACCAAUCCUCGGAUAUGUUCGCGAAAGCAGAUCCCAUCAUGUGGGACAGUGACCUGAACCUGUUGCAUCCCAAACCCACUGCCACCUCGGUCUACAAGAACCUGUGUCUGCUGAGUGUCGUUUUCGCGUUCAGUGUGGGACUCACCAUAGGCAUCUUGAUACCGCUGUUCUACCUCGAGGCUCCAGACGUCAAGAACCAGACCCAGCAACAUACCACUAACUCGCCUCUGAUCUCCAACAUCAGAACCGUCUUCGUGAACAACAGUUACGGCUUCAAAACCAACGGGACCUACCCCACAGUGUCCUUCGUGGAGAACCUGGGGUCAGGUCAAGACUACUCCGGGUUAGUAGAGGAUGGUAUCUACUGGGGCAGCAAGGUGGAAAAAGCCUUGCCAGAAGGCUACCUCAGGGACGACACAUGGGGCGCUUACGUUCAAAAGGCAGUGGCUGUCAAGAUGGAAAGCGGUUGUGGACGCAUGCAAAACCGCUUGGUGACGUUCCAAGACGGCUUGAAAGGCUGCGUCAGGUACCGUCAAAACACGGAUCAGAUCCAAGGGGAGCUAUUCAGCUUCUACCUAGCUAAAAUCUUGAACCUGCCUAACCUAGCUCCGAGUACUAUAAGCGUGGUGGACUUAGCCAAACCGCUGUGGCAAAACCUGGCCAACGAGAUAGCUUCAGCCCAGUGGAACUCCAAUAGGCCCAUAGUGCUCACACAGUUCAUCACCAACUUGAACUCGGCCGCUAUUCCGGAAGUGUUCAAACCUGUGGAGAGACAUCUCAACAAGUACGACGUUUUGAACAUGACCAAGCAAUUCGCCUCGGACCAAUCGGGUUUGAUGAAACGGAUGGUGGAAUUGGCACAAUGGUCCGAUCUCAUAGUGUUCGAUUAUCUCACGGCCAACUUGGACCGCAUUGUGAACAACUUGUACAAUUACCAGUGGAACGCGAACAUUAUGGAUGCGCCGGCUCACAACCUAGCUAAGAAGACAGACAGUGAGUUGCUGGUGUUUUUGGACAACGAGUCAGGCUUGUUGCACGGCUACAGGCUGCUGAAAAAGUACGAGAUCUACCACUCGAUUCUUCUGGAGAACUUGUGUGUCUUCAGGAGGUCGACAGCUGACAGGAUAAGGAAGCUGAAGAUGAAGGGCAACGUGGGCCAUUUGUUGAGGGGCAUGUUUGAUACUCAGAACGGUGAUAUCGUCAAGGACAUUUUGCCGACGAUACCCAACAAAAGCGUGAAAAUUUUGAACGAGAGAAUCGACAAGGUUUACAAUCAGAUAACGAAGUGCGAAUCGAUUUUUUCGAAUACCUAGUUUGGGGAAAAACGUCUAGGCUAUUUGGAAUUUGAUCGUUAUGAAGAAUUGAUCGUUAUGAAGAAUGACUGGGACUGACUGUUUAUUUAAUGUUUCUCCUUGCCUAGCAAAUUUAUUUAUUAUUUUGAACAUGCCAUAAAAAGUAUUUAUUUAUGUCCUAUAGUUGGGAUGGACGGAUCUGAUGUGACUUUGAUUAUUCAUGAGGGACGUUAGAUUUUUUUAUGUGAUAUAUUUUUAUGAAGUCUAGUGGAAGUGACUUAGAUAAUAAGGUUUGUACAAAUUGUGAUUAUAGUCUUGAAAGACCAAAAAUGAUUGUAAAUAGAUGAGCAACUAUGUAAAUUAUGUAAAUAUGACGAAAAUAUGCGAUCUUCAAUAAACAAAAUCAUUCUCGU